CACAUAUGUGUCUGAUUCACGGCCUCCUCUGUUAAACACUAAAGCAGUGAGCUUGUGUCUUUGUUGCUUAGGUCGCUAUAAAGCACAUCCCCAUGGCCAAGGUCACAAUGACACAGGAGACGGUUGAAGGGCGGCUGACGGACUUCCCGCUGGAGGUGUCUUUGAUGCUGAGGGCCGCUGAAGACCGCCCGGACCCGGGGGGCCCCGGUACCGUGGUCCUCCUGCUGGACUGGUUCCAGCUGGACCAGGAGCUGAUCCUGGUCCAGGAGAGACCCAGCGCCUGCGUGGAUCUCCUCUCCUACAUGGAGAGCAAGGGGGGCAGGCUGCAGGAGCAGGACGCUAAGAUGAUUCUGCACCAAGUGGUGGAAGGGAUCCAAGGGCUCCACUCCAGAGGCGUUCUGCACCGCGACAUCAAGCCUGAGAACCUCCUGGUGGAGACAGGCUCCGGGACGCCCCGGGUCCGGGUCAUAGACCUGGGGUGCGGCUGCCACCACAACAGCGGGGUGUAUUCAGAGUUCAGCGGUGAGCUUUUCAAACUCAUACUGGCUCUGGCUACAACAUGUGGUUUGACUCGCCACCGUAGCGACAUCUGGGUGUGGGGGUCCCCUGUGUGGGGGUCCCCUGUGACCUGUGUGGGGGUCCACAGUGUGGUGGUCCCCUGUGUGGGGGUCCCCUCUGUCCUGUGUGGGGGUCCCCUGUGUGGGGGUCCCCUCUGUCCUGUGUGGGGGUCCCCUGUGUCCUGUUGUGUUCCAGGCACCGCCUCGUACAUCCCCCCAGAGUGGUUCACGAUGCAGUCCUACAGAGCCGACCCCAUGACGGUGUGGCAGCUGGGAGUGCUGCUCUACGAACUGCUCACGGGAGACGUCCCUUUCCAGACCAGCGGUCAAAUCAUCUGGAAAAUGGUUCCAUGCAUCAAGAGUAACAUAUCACCAAACUGCAAGGACUUCCUGAAGAGGUGUCUUAACAAGAGGGCUGGGGGCCGCCUGGCCCUGGGGGGCCUGCUGCACCAUCCAUGGCUGCUGUGA